ACAAGUAGAGAAAAAUUCCCAAAAGCGAGAGAUUUGGAAAACCCUAAUCAAAGUAAAGCAAAGCAAUGUCAGAUCCUUACGAGAGAGUGAAUGGUGGAAGAUUGGCGUUCAAAGGAGGAGAUCUAGCCACAAGGAAAUCGAUCGAAAAGAAGAAUAAGAAGAAGCUGAAGAAGAAGAAAGAAAAGCUCGACGGAGAAGUGAAGAUGGCUCCCGACGGCUCAGCCUCUUCCGCCGCUGCCGUUGUAGAUGAUGAUAUUUACUCAAUUGAUGCGGCGAAGAAGAAGAAGUACGAUGACCUAUUUCCUGUGGAGGCGAAGAAAUUCGGUUACAUUCCGAAAUCGAAUUUCGAAUCCAUGGAAGAUGCUCUUGACGAUCGCGUCAAGAAGAAAGCUGAUCGUUAUUGUAAAUAAACUCUCUUUUUGACUAUAGUAUUUGUUGCUUUUAGAGUGAUUAUGCAACAAAGUACUGAUGCUAUGUCAAGAUGUUGCAUCUCUCAAUCUCAUUGUACUUCUUAGUGCCUAAACCUCUCGUGUUUCACAAUUUCAAUAACUAAUGAUCGGGUAAAAAUGACCAGAAUC